AUGCCGAGACCUGUCAGGCUGAAAAGAGAGCAGACGAUCGAGACCAGCAUUCCCGGCACGAUUGAGUCCCUGAAGGUCGAGGGAUGGGCAGGCCUUGAAGCUUUCACAUCCUUCCAGAGAUGCACCACUCCCUCCGAGAGGUCCCAACGUCGAUCCCUGGUAAGGCUCGAGAAUGAGCAGAUCUUGAGUGACUUCCUCCGUACGCACCAGUUCGAAUCAGCAGAUGAGCCAACAGUACAUUUUUCAUGCUGGGUGCGGCGGCGUAUCUUCCCCAUCCACGUUGCGGCCAAGCUCGGGGAUCACAGAGUCGUGCAGGCGUUGCUGAAAGCACAAGCUGAUCCAGGUGUGAAGAACUGCUGGGGACAAACUGCACUGGACGUUGCCCGCAAGGCAAACAGGUCGGGCUCCCACAAAUUGGUCAUGGAGCAUCUGAAGACACCUGCUGUCAACUUGCGUCAGGCACUGCAGAUAAUGAAGACAUCAAACAGCACGACGUUUCGCACUUUAGCAUUGAAGUUUGCAUUGCACUUUGCAUUGCGCUUUACAGACCCGAGCUCCGGCUGGCUGGUGCUGAGCGCGUUUCAGCGGCGGCUCUUUAAAGGGUCCAUGUCGUGCAAGUUAGGCAAGGCGGGUGAGGGCGGGGUGGGGGCGGGGGCGGGGUUGGCGGGUGGCGAGGAGCCCCUCUUUAGCACCGACCCGGCGGAGUCGGCGGAUAAGGUCGUGGAUUAUUACGCAUUCCCUGGCUGGAGUGACGAGACGCUGCCACCAUCAAUGUGGGCUGCCUGGGUACUUUUGGGGUACUGGAGCUGGCUGGUCGUCUUGCGGCUGCGCUGCGAAACCGCGAGCGUAUCGCAAGACGUCUACCAGCUUAUGUUCUCCUGCAACUAUGCCAUGCCUGCGGCGGCGCUCGCAAUUUACCUUCGCCGUCCUGUCUUCCUGUGUGCACAAGGCAUUUUGGUCGCCAUUGACCAGGUGCUGUGGUAUGUCGACAUUGCUGGCUACUUGCUAUUCGGGAAGCUGCCGCUCAAGGUGGUCGGCUACCUCUUUUGGCCCAGCACACCGCUGUCCCGCCGCAUCUCCUGCGUGCACCACGUUCUUUUUGAGCCGCUGGUGAUCAUCGUGGGCUGUCGGUGUACAAGCCUUCCAGUCGGCCGGGCUUUCUUGGUCGCUUUGGCGCAGACAAUCUGCUGCCAGAUCAUCUGCCGCUUUACGACGCCCCUUGAAGUCGUGGGAGAGAAGGGCGAGCUGUGUUACUUGAACAUCAACCUUUGCUACGAAGCUUUCCGGGACGUGAAGGCCCCCUGCAUCCGCAUCUAUGAUCGCGCGGCUCCCAUCAAAUACCUCCCCUGGAUGCUUUGGAUUUGGAAUUUGGGAAACUUAUGUCUCUUCCUGGCGCUCGUGCCUUGGUUUUCAAGGACCUUGCAAGGACCUAGUGCUCAGCAGCGCGAUGAGAAGAGUAUGACGAAUUGCAUGAGACAUGGUUGCGAGAAUUGA